CACAAUCCUGCAUCUGUGAUUCGACUGGAGAAAGGUGCGUUGCGGAUCCAUUGAGGAAAAAAAAGCACAGCUCGUCUGACGGAGAGUCAGAUAGUGUUCGCGAGGGAAAAUAUCUGUGCUAAACUUAGCCUCCAACUAACACACUGGACGAAGUGUCUAAACACAGAAAAACUCCUGCUGAAGUGGCUGAGAUUCAUGUGACACAAAAUUAUAAAGAUGGCAUUAAUUAAAGAAGAGAGUGAAGACAUGAAGAUUGAAGAAGCGUUCAGAGUCAAACAUGAAGAUACCGAGACACCAACAGACCUGAUGGCGCUGAAUGAGGAAAGUACGGAACUGAAUGAAACAGACGGCAAAGAUCAGAAUGAGAAACAGCAUGAUUUCAAAACUGAAGAGAAAUCUAUUAGUUGCUCACAGACUAAAAAAACUUCCUCACAAACUCAAAAAACAGAAACUACAAACCUUAAUCCCAACAGGAGAAUUCACACUGGAGAGAGAACUUACACCUGCCAACAGUGUUUGAAGAAUUUCUCACACAAUGGAGAUCUUAAGACUCACAUGAAAAUUCACAUUGAAAAGAAACUAUUGAUAUGCCCUCAGUGUGGAAAAGGUUUCACGUUUAAAGGAAGACUAAAGACUCACAUGAGAGUUCACACUGGAGAGAAGCCAUUCACCUGCUCUCAGUGUGGAAAGGGUUUUACACAGAAAAAAUGCCUCACUGUCCACUUGAAAAUUCACAUCGGAAAGAAGCCAUUCACCUGCCUUCAGUGUGGGAAGAGUUUCACGUUUAAAGAAAAACUUAAUAUUCACAUGAGAGUUCACACUGGAGAGAAGCCUUUCACCUGCGAUCUGUGUGGAAAGAGUUUUUCAUUAAAUAACGGUCUUAAAGGUCACAUGAGAAUUCACACUGGAGAGAAGCCAUUUGUAUGUGAUCAGUGUGGAAAAAGUUUUACACAUAAAAACGGCCUUAAUAUCCACAUGAGAAUUCACACUGGAGAGAAACCUUUCACCUGCAAACUGUGUGGGAAGAGUUUCUCAUUUAGUAACGGUCUUAAGGUUCACAUGAUAAAUCACAAUGAAAAGAAGCCAUUAAUCUGCCCUCAGUGUGGAAAGAGUUUUACACAGAUACACUGCCUUAAAACCCACAUGAUCAUUCACACUGGAGAGAAACCUUAUACUUGUCCUCAGUGUGGAAAGAGUUUCGGGCAUAAAGGAAGCCUUAAGGGUCACAUUAGAAUUCACACUGGAGAGAAACCUUUCACCUGCGAACUGUGUGAAAAGAGUUUCUCAUUAAAUAGCGGUCUGAAGGGUCACAUGAGAAUUCACACCGGAGAGAAGCCAUUUGUAUGUAAUCAGUGUGGAAAGAGUUUUACACAGAAAAACAGCUUUAAUAUUCACAUGAGAAUUCACACUGGAGAGAAACCUUUCACCUGCGAACUGUGUGAAAAGAGUUUCUUAUUAAAUAGCGGUCUAAAGGGUCACAUGAGAAUUCACACCGGAGAGAAGCCAUUUGUAUGUAAUCAGUGUGGAAAGAGUUUUACACAGAAAAACAGCCUUAAUAUUCACAUGAGAAUUCACACUGGAGAGAAACCUUUCACCUGCGAACUGUGUGGGAAGGGUUUCCCUAAAAAAGAAAACCUUAAAAAACACAUGAAAAUUCAUUAAACUCCAAAACGUUAUAAUUGUCAUUAGUGCAAAUAGACAAGAAUCACCUUAAGAAUCAUUAAAAUUCUGAAAAGAAACUAGUUUUAUGUUCCAUCACUGUGGAAAGAGAGUCACACUGAAGAGAGACAUUGCUAGUAUAUUCUGUUUGAGAGGAGUUUGUCAAAGCAGCAUGAAAUGCCAUUUGUGAACUUAUUCUGGGUAAGAAAUUAGUGUUUUCCCCAGAGUGACAAGAGGUUUAGAAAAAGGAGCCAUUUCUAAAAUCAUCUGUGUAUUCUUUCUCAAAGAAAAUUCAGUUGUACUCUGUAUAUAAGUAUACUAAAUAUAUAUUUUUUUACAUUUAAAUACACAUGUUAAGUCAUGAUACCUUGUUUCUUUGUUAAAGCAUAUAAUAAGAAACGUUGUCUGACUGACACCACGACUACUACUUUUACUUGCAUCCUUGACCUCUUUAUGCUUCACCAUGAGGCUUUUUAUUUUCUUUUGUCCACAUGUACUCCUGUGGCUAGUAAGGAUGGGACGUUACACCUACCUCCCGAUCCGAUACUAUCAUGAUACUUGGGUGCCAAAACAAUAUGUAUUGCGAUUAAAAAUAUAUAUAUAUUUAUUUAUUUAGAUUCUGGUUUUCAGAAAAUGUUGUUUUGUUUUUAAUUGUAA